GUGGUUAAAACAGCGAAAGCUCUGGGGAAGAGUAACUGUCAAGCACAGUUUCGAUCAAGUGUCUCCAAGACGUGCGACGGAAUGUUGUGAAGGCGCUUAAACUAGGAAAUGUUGAACCCAUUAAUUGAUUUUAAGGAUGUUUUACCUUUGAAGUAUCCUCGGCUAUGGAUUUUUUCAAGCUUUGGUUCGUGUAGUGACCCAGACGUCUUGUUUUAUUUCGCGGUUCCGGUAAGACUAUGAGUUACUAUCCAUGGACGGAAGUCUUGCAAGGGCUUUAUACACUUUUCAGUCUGACAAUCCCAAUGAACUCUCUGUUUCGGAGGGAAGCAUCAUAAAGAUUACACAGUAUAUUGACAAGCAUUGGUUGGAAGCCAGUUAUCAAGGAAAAACAGGCCUGUUUCCUGUUACCUAUGCUGAGAGGAUAAAAAAUGAACCACAGUUUCAAAAGGAUUCCCAUAUCAUGCCUUCUCAUUAUGAGGGAUUGCAUAAAAACUUACUGUCCAAUUGGCAGCCUGGUGAAAGCUGUGAAUUGUCUAGAAAUGAUAAUUCCUUAGCCCAACACAGUCCUAGUAAUGAUGCAUAUUUUGUGGAGACUGCCUUUGCUUUUUCUGGUAGAAAUGACAGUGAGCUUACAUUUCCUUCUGGAGCACUGAUAGAGGUAACGAAAGAUGUCGAUGAAGACUGGCUGGAAGGGUCAUUCAAUGGCAGGACAGGGCUAUUUCCCAAGAGUUAUCUGAAGUCUUCUGAGAGACCAUGUGCCCGUGCUGUAUACCCCUUUGUUGGAGAAAGUGCGGGAGAGUUGACUUUUCGUGAGGGUGACUGUAUCUUUCUCCGGAGGCGUUUGAAUUCGCAAUGGAUGGAAGGAGAAAUUAAUGGCACUGUGGGGCUUUUCCCGUCUAGCUUUGUUGCUGUUGAGGUUGAAUUGCCAUCAGAACAAAAUGCAUUUGCAAAUGGAGAUUUUAGUUUUGUGGACUCUCCUCCUAAACAUGGAGCCCAGAAUAGCUGUGUUGCACCAAAAGUAAAAUGGAAAAGAGGUAUGAAGGGGAAGGCACUGUUUCAUUUUACGGCAUUAUAUUCAGGAGAUCUGGAGUUGAAUGCAGGAGAUGUUGUAACUGUCCUUGAAGUUGAUGAUGAUAACUGGAUCGAGGGUCGGUUAGCUAGUGGAAUACGUGGGUCAUGCCCUGCGGCAUAUCUGGAACCUCUAUUUGAUAUGAGCCAACAAUUUGAAAGUAGACCACUGAAGUCUAGUGCUCAACGACUUGCAUUAGAUGGAAGUUUUUCUGGUAUUUUUGACGACCCUGGCUACAUAAACAUAUCACAAAUGCGUAGCUCUGCUCAGCAGACUAGUGACUUUGUUGACUCUUACUCAGUGAAAGGUGAUACCAACAAAUCUCUUUUAGACUCUUCAUUCACACAGGAUCCAACACCUGCAAUUAUUGCACUGCCAUCUGACAUGGCCACAACUCAAAAAAACACUCCAGGAACUAAACCGUUGCUUACACCAAAGCCAGGACCAACAAGUAAAAAGCAGUCACCAAGUUAUUCAGUGAGAUACCUAGGGGGUGAGGAACACUCUGCACCCAAAAGUUCCCAAACCGCUCUUAGUCCUUCGAUUUCCGUCCAAUCACUACCUUGUGGAAGUGCCUCUAGUUCAAAUACUCUAGUUUCUGUACAAUCUGAGACACCAAGUAAACGCUUUCAACAGCCGCGAUAUUUUAAGGACUCCACUGGAACUUGGCCAGGUAAAAGAGCAGGGAUCCAUGGACAUGUAAAUGAUGAAAAUAAAAACAAAAGGAACCUUAUUGAUGACGAUGAUUUGUUAUCGGGCAACUGCACGUCUCUGCCGACUCCAUUGGUUCCACUUCCUCAAGCAAGGAUAGAUGAUAGAAGUAGUGAAUCAAGUGCAUCAGAAGAUUCUCCAAUCACACCCAGGCGACCAGCACCCCCACCCCCUAAACGGGACAGCAGCAGCAAGAAUCAGCAUGUCCGCAGCCAAACUCUUCCUGGAACGAGAUCAAAGGAUCUUGUACAAGGUGACUUUAGUAGGGAUGUACAUGUUUCAAUAUCAAAAGCAAAGGAUCACCAACAGUUGGACGUGAAAGACGUGAAACAGAAUGGGGCGCCACAUUCUCUGCGCCCAAUAGACAGUAAAAUGGAUUCUUCUCAGUCUCCUAAGUGGUCACCUAAGACAAGGGCUGGCGAUCAUGAUGGCCCAAAAUCAAAACCUCUUUCUAGACCACGUUCUGUGCAUUGGAAAGACAAGGAUUCUCUUAAUGCAGUGGACAAGGUAACCAGCUUCAUAAUGAUAAGUCCACUGCAAAAAUUUGUGGAUUAUUUUACAUGUAGCUGAUAAGGCAUGAACUUGUGCACCUAUUGGGCGAGCAAUAUUUUAGUGGGGGCAGUUGAAAACUGAAAUGUACUGGUGCGCUGGGCAACUGGAUUUCAAUUUUGUUUUCCUGCCCUGCCGUUGGAAAGUGCGGAUUUGCCAGGGAGCUAAACAUGCCGUGUAGACAUUAGAGAACUACUUUAUUUGUGCUUUUAAUCUGAUGGAACUCAAACCUUGCAACAUGAUAGACAAUCCAAAUCCAAAGAAAGGUGUACUUUUUUUGUUUUCUUUUAUUCAAAUUGAUUCUAGCGGGAAAAUGAAGUCAUCAAACUAACAGCAAAAUUUUAUUUUCACUUUCUGUCUAAACUAAUGCAUGAUGAUAAUUUUGAAAGAAUAAAAUUAAUAGGUAUAUGCUGAGAUGAAUUCAAUUGUGAAGAAAUAUUUUUGAAGGG